AUGACGCUACUCUCCAAGGUGCCGCUAUCGCUUGUUCGCGCCACAGUCUCCGGAUUAUCCUCGACCGACUCUGGGCCUUCUGCUGGCAAGAUGGCCUCCAACACUCGUCAGAACGUAACCUGGGUUGAGGGUGUUCGAGGAGUCGCUUCCUUCUGGGUAGUCGUCACACAUCUGUGCCGAGCAUGGGACUACAGCCUUUGGUCUCCGCGCGACAACGAGCAUGCCACCCCACAACUACUCCAACUACCCUUCCUCCGACUGCCGUGGCAAGGCCGGAUUGGAGUCACCAUGUUCGCCUUCCUUACCGGUUACGUGUGCGCGAUCAAACCCCUUCGACAAGCCAAGUCCGGCAACAUUCCCGCCGCAUUGACCACCCUGGGAAAGUCGGCUUUCCGCCGACCCCCGCGAUUGAUCAUGCCGGCUACCAUUGCCUUGGUUAUUGCAUGGUUCUUCGCGCAGAUCGGAGCAUUCGAAGUCGCCCACUACAGUGAUUCGCACUGGUUGAGGCGUGCAGUCCCCCAGAACAUUGGUGGUCUCGACACCGAAAUCCCUCGCCUCCUACGGAACUUCCAGGGCGCUUGGUCUGGCGACAACAACGAAUAUGACGACCACCAGUGGGCUCUUCUCCCUCUGCUCCAGGGCGCCUUCCUCAUCUACGUGCUUUUGUUCGCCACCGUUUUCAUGAAGUUUCGCAUGCGCCUGUUUACUUGCACCGUCUUGUUUGUCUGGUACUGGAUGCGAACGAGUCCUGAGAAGGAAACCUUCGAAUGCCAGUUCCUAUACGGUGUCAUGCUCUGUGACAUUGGUUCCGAGAAGGGCUUCCGCGACUUCGUCAACAGCUACCCCAGAAUUCGCCGCGCAGUUCUGACAAUGCUCAUCGUUGUCGGAUGGUACGUUGCCUGCUUCCCAGGAGAGAAUUGGGAGUGGGCCAGCUGGUCCAUCCAGCUCAAGAAUAUCGGCGACUGGAUCAUUCCUGCUGGCGCGGCGAGCUACCCCAAGCGCUUCACAGCCAUCGGGUGGGAUCUCAUGGUCACUGGAAUCUGGCUAUCGCCUAGCCUACAGAGUAUGUUCUCCAACAAGCUCUUCAUGUGGGUCGGCCGCAACAGCUUCGCCGUCUACCUCACCCACGGAACCGUCCUGAAAGUGGGUCUUUCAAGGUUGAUCUACGGAUGGUCCACCGCACCCUACCACGUCGAGCAGCCUGAGGAUGGUACGGGCGACGCCAUUGAGCACUACAUCCCUCGAUCAUCGAACUGGCUAGUCUGGGCUUUGGCCAUUCCCACCUUCUUCGUCGUCGAAUACACCAUCGCCCAUCUCUGGACCACCUACGUCGACGCGCAGUGUGCUCGAGCCACAAAGUGGAUCGAAGAGACCAUGUUCGAGAAGGAAGAGGACGAGAAGCACGGGGUGGCAAACAUGGCAUGA